AUGGGUGAAUGCUAUGGCUAUGGUAUAAAUAUCACCACAAAUUCUCUUCUCUUUUUGGGAUAGAAGAGGAAAUACUGUUGCAAAGUUAUUUUUUGAAAGCUAGGUCACGUCCUAUUGUUAAUAAUGGUCAUUUUGAGGCUGACUGUGAUUUAAACUGAUAUGUUAUUUUCAGGAACUUUGCUCCUCCCUAAUUUUUCAUCUUGGUAAAAUCAGAGCUCAUUCGGAAGCAUUUUCGGUUUAUAAUAUGCUGAGAUAUAGCAAGAGAACAAUGUGUAAGGCUCUUCAUGAGAAAAUUUUGCAUAUCCUAAUAUCCGGGGGACUUCUUAAAGAAGCAUACAUAGUAGUUAAGGACCAUGCAAAGUCGAUCUCUGUGCCUGCUAUGAAGAAAUUUGCAUCAGCAUUUAUUAAGUUGUGUAAUAUCAAUUUGAUAAAUGAUGCCGUGAAGGUUAUCCAUGGUUCUGGCCACAAGAUUGAUCAGGGACAUUUUGAGAUGGCAAUCUCACGUUAUAUUGGACAACCUGAGAAGAAUGAAUUGCUUGUCCAGCUGCUUCAAUGGAUGCCAGGUCAUGGUUAUGCUGUCGAGUCAUCAACAGAGAACCCAGAUUCUCAAGAACUCACACUUUGGUCGCCAACUCAUCACAGAGAUAUUGUCUAAGCAUCAUUUGGUGUCGAAAGCCAAGCAAUCUCGUUAGAUGUUGAAACUAAAUGGCUUCCAGUUAAAGACUAGAGACAACUGUUGUUUACCCCUCCAUAAGAUAAACUGGGAAAGGGUUGCUGAUUGGAUCUCACACUAAGCCUUGCCAAUAGAGAUGGUACGGAAACCUAAUUUUUUUCAUCAGGAUUCGAACAGAUUUGGAAGGUCAGAAAAAUCUAAUUUCUGUCCAGAUUUGAUCAUUUCACUUGUAACCAUUUGUUGAAUUCUCUUAUUCUUUUACCUACUGAAAAUUCUUAUCACACACCCAGAGUCUAUUUAGCAGAUAUCUAUAUGUUAUUUGUUGCCAAAA